AUGCAACUCUUCUACCUUACUACCACUCUUGCGCUGGCGAUUGGCGCCCUGGCAGCCCCCUCACACGCUACAAUCAUAAGAAGAGAUGAUAUAGUUUCGGGCAAUGAUCAAAAGGGCUCUAUCUUCAUGUUUGGCAGUGAACAAAAUUGCCGACAAAUCUUCUGGACUGGGGGCGCAUGCGGUCUCAGCACCUACUUCGCUGAUCAGGUUGAUCCUAACCUGCCCCUAAUUGCAAUGCCAUCUGGUGUCUUUGAUAGAUAUGGCCAGGCCCAACACAACAAGUUAUGUGGAAAGGUCAUCACCAUGACAUACAAGGGCGUCACGAAGCAAGCUGUCGUCGCCGACGAGAACACGAGCAGCGAGCAGACCAUCGACAUGUGCCUGGAUAUUUGGCAGGCUUUCGGUGGCGUGGAUAAUGAUGGAACUCUUCGCACGGGAAUUACCUGGUCAAUUGCUGCUUGA